AUUUAGGCAAAGAUGUGUAGUUUGUAGCUGCUUAAAUUCGUUCACUUUUAUCUCUUCAUUAUAAAACACAAAGGUUGCAAGAAAUACUGCAGGGCAGAAAACAGCCGGGGUCGGGUGAAAGUUGCAUGGAAACUGUAGUUCUAUAUCCAUCCCCAGGAAUGGGGCAUCUGAUUGCCCUAGUGGAGCUAGGAAAACUCAUCCUCCACCACCACCCUUCCUUCUCCCUCCACAUCCUCAUCGUCCUACCAUCUUACUACACCGGCUCGACCGCCGCCUACAUCCGCCACAUCUCCGCCACCGUCCCUUCCAUCACCUUCCACUACUUGCCCCCCAUCUCCCUCGAACUCGACUCCUUUCCCUCCACCGCAUCAGUCACUUUUGAAGUUCUCCACCGGAGCAACCCCCACGUCCGUCGUAUCCUGGAGAGCAUUUCCCUCUCAGCCACCAUCUCCGCCAUCGUCAUAGACAUGUUCUGCACAUGUGCUCUGCCAAUCGCCGCCGAACUCAAUAUCCCUACUUACUACUUCAUGCCUUCCGGUGCUUGCGAUCUCGCGCUUUUACUACACUUUCCCACACUUCACAACGCCACCACUAAAAGUUUCAGAGAUAUGAACACGAUUUUGCAUGUACCCGGGAUUCCCCCACUCCCAUCUUCUGAUUUGUCUGACCCGAUGCUUUAUCGAAACUCCAUGGAUUAUGAAAGCUUGCUAAAUUUUGCCCAAAACAUACCAAAUUCAGCGGGAAUCAUUGUGAACACAUUCGAAAGCCUCGAAACGAAACCUCUUAAUGCCAUACGAGAAGGCAAAUGCAACCCUGGUGGCCAUACGCCGCCGGUUUUCCCCGUCGGACCACUCUUUGCCAGCGAAGAUCGUCAUGAUUGUCUGAAUUGGCUAGACAAACAACCAAGUAAAAGCGUUGUCUUCUUAUGUUUCGGCAGUUUGGGUUUGUUCUCGGCAGCGCAGUUGAAGGAAAUAGCAGUGGGGCUAGAAAGAAGUGGGCAGAGGUUUCUAUGGGUUGUGCGGUCGCCUCCGUCCGAUGACAAGAGUAAACGGUAUUUACCGCCACCGGAGCCGGACUUGGACACUCUUCUCCCGGCCGGGUUCCUGGAUCGGACGAAGGACCGCGGACUCGUCCUCAAGUCAUGGGCCCCACAGGUGGCGGUGCUGAACCACGAAUCAGUCGGCGGGUUCGUAACGCACUGCGGCUGGAACUCGGUGAUGGAAGCGGUGUGGGCUGCCGUGCCAAUGGUGACGUGGCCGCUGUACGCGGAACAGAAGAUGAACAGGGUGGUGCUGGUGAAGGAGCUGAAGGUGGCCUUGAGGAUGGAGGUGGCGGACGACGAUUUCGUUGCAGCGGAGGAGGUGGAGCGACGGCUGAGAGAGUUGAUGGAAUCAGAGAAAGGGAGGGAAAUACGGAAGGUGGUUGAAGAAAAGAGCGUGGAGGCGAGAGCUGCAAUGAGGGAAGGAGGUUCCUCCAUUGCUGCAAUUGGAAAGCUGGUGGAGUUGUGGAAACGUGCUUAAUCUAAUUUUUUUAUUUAAAUGACACUUGAUCCAAUAAAAUCAAAUUAAUAUAUAA